UCAUGGGUCCCGCGCACCCACUCCCACUGGUAUCCUUUCCUUCCUCUUCCACACCGAGCUCAGCGAGAAGCCGCCCGCCGCCGCCGCCGGAGGGGGAGGAGCCUCUGAGGGUCAAGGCCGAUGGCUGGGUUCGCGACCUCGCGCCCGGCCUCCUUCGCGCUGGCCGCGUUCCUCACCUUCCUCAGCAUCUUCGCCUUCCUCCUCGCCGUCGGCGCCGAGCGCCGCCGCAGCACCGGGAAGGUGGUGCCGGACCAGUACGACGACCGGUCCUACUGCCUCUACGACACCGACGCCUCAACCGUCUACGGCGUCGCCGCUUUCUUCGUGCUCCUCCUCGCGCAGGUGCUCGUCACCGGCGUCACCCGAUGCCUCUGCUUCGGCCCGGCGCUCUCCUCCCGCGGAUGCACCGUCGCCUCCUUCGUCCUCUCCUGGCUGACAUUUCUCACCGCGGAAGCUUGCCUUAUUGGAGGAUCUGCGAAGAAUGCAUACCACACCAAGUAUCUAGGUUAUUACAUGAAGCAUGACCUGGUCACUUGUGCCACACUGCGCAAAGGAGUGUUUGCAGCGGCUGCUGCCAUGAUGCUCAUCAACCUCGUGGCGUCUCUAAUGUACUACUGGAGCUACACAAAAGCUGCGACCGGCGGGUUCAUCAAGCACCAAAACGAAGUCGGCAUAGGCAUGACUGAUUAUGGUCUCGACAAGGGUGGAUCUGGACCCUGAGUGGCUUCUCGUUGCUUUAAUUGUUCACCUGGAGGUUACCGUAAAUUACAAGCUAUGAUGUACUACUGUUACCUAACUGAUGCUCUGUGUACUGUGCUUACUCUACAUGGUGAAUGAUAGAGAGAUUGUACUGUUAACUGCAUUGUCUAUCUAGUGGUAAUACCUUAUGUUACUUUUGUGGCUCA